AUGCUGAGUAAACUCAAGGCACACCUCUUUUCGGGCGGGUCCGGCAGAGGCACCACAACGGACUCCACGGCGUCGAGCGGGUCGUCCGCAUCUCCACAGUCGGUGAAACAACCAGCCCGGCCCCGGUACAUCCCCAACCUCUACCCCGUCGGCGACACGACCAUCGAGACGUACUUUCGACGGCUGUUGACGGGAGCGGUUGACAAGUCGGCUGACUCUGGCCUGGCUGACCGCGUCCACGAGGAUGUCGUAGCUGCGGCCAUCCACGUCGCCAGCGCCGGUGGUUAUGUCUUGCCGGAGGCAACCAAAUUCCUCCCGACACUCACAAGAUGCAUCACGGCCGACUACGACACCGUCCGGUUUGCCGACGAGUACAUGGCCGAGCCCGAAGAGGCGGGCGUGUCCGCCCUGGCGACGCCGCUUCUCCUCCAGAUUCUUGUCGCCGUUGCACUCAAGCACCGCCACAAGGACAUGCUGCAGGACCUCUUAGAAAAGCACGGCCGCUGUCGACCAGAGAUGACGUUGUUUGCGACUGUCGGCCCCGGCGCGUUCCGUGGUGCACCCCGUGGCGAUGGCGUGUUGGAUGACCCGCACUAUGGCCCGGCGGCAUGGGCACUUUUGGCCAACGCAGGAUGGGCGCCAUCCCUGCGGACCGAUCACGCCGUACACGCAUUGCCUGUUGGGUUGAGUUCUCCCGACAGUGAAGAAGCCCGCCACGCGAUUGCCGCCGCCGCCGUCCAGAGCUAUACCGACCCGGGCGGUGCUCUUGCUGCUCUCGACGACUGGCUGGCCCGCGGCCUCGACCCGCAGCCGCUGACGGGCUGGAUCUUGGACGCGCUGGUCAAGGACGGCACGCCGGCCAUGGUGGCGCAUUUUCUCGGCGUGGUCUCGCGGAAGGUGUAUGACGGGAUCCCGCCGCGGCCCAAGUGGCCUGGGAUGCAGUCGCUGGUGACCAUGGCCGCGGCACGGCCUCCGGCGUCGCGCGCGGGGGAGUCAAUCACGAGCGUCAGCCACACAAUCGAGCCUGCGACCGUCGGCAAGGAAACCCGAGACAACCCCGGCUACGGCGUGCUGCGCGUGCUGGUCGACAUCGGCGGCAUGGACAUCCACACGUCGCCAGGGACGUGGUACAAGAGCGGCCCCGACGACGAGCACCCCAUGGCAUUGAGCCGCAGCACACAGCUGCCCGACGGCAGCUGUGCAGACGACCCGCCGUUGCUGGCAGCCGUACACGCGGGCAACACGUCGUCGGUUGUCUUCAUGCUCGAACGAGGCGUUGCAGAGCGGCGGGCCGGUGUGCUGGACGAGGCCAUCGGACGGGCGAAGGCUCAACAAAACAUCGAGAUGGAGGAGCUUCUAGAGAAAUGGAAGAAGGAGAGUAAGUAG